GACACGAGCUCACUACUCCCCAGAACCAGAGCUGAACAACACACAGAAAAACUCCUGUCCAACCAUGAACGGCAAACUUGUGGCUGUCCUGGCUCUUUUCCUGCUUUCAGCAGCUGUGUCUCAAGGUCGGACCCUGGCAAGGAUGGGAACAGAGCUCCGGUGCCAGUGCAUAGCCACUCAUUCCAGGUUCAUCCCUCCGAAAUCCAUUCAGGAUGUGAAGCUGAUACAGAGCGGCCCCCACUGCAAGAACGUUGAAGUCAUAGCUACUCUGAAGGACAGCAGAGAAGUGUGCUUGGAGCCCAGUGCUCCCUGGGUACAGCUGAUUGUAAAGGCAAUUCUGGCCAAGGCUCAACAAAAUUCUGACUCACCACUCUAAGAAACACCGGGACAGAAAAAAUCUGGGAACUGCUGCUGCUCCUUCACCAAGAGGAGGAUCAUUCAGGCAGUGCCCCAUCUCCCACCUCCUGCAUGAGUGUUGUGAUGUUAAUUAUGGAUGGUUCUAUUUAUUUAACUAUUUAUUUAACUGCAUGUAUUUAAGGAAGUCUUUCACAAUGGUCAGUGUUGCCCAUGGGACACACUGUCCAUUGACACUGCAGGAAAAGUGGUUUGCCGAGGGAGAUCGAGAACCCUUGGCAGCCACCUCAGCCAAACACAACCAGUGAAGUGCAAUGCACUUGCAGCACUGUUUAGCUUUGCUAUUUCACCAGCAAACUGAUGAAUCCUCCUGCUCCCCUGGAGUGCACUAGUAUGUUGUGUCAACAACAGUUUCCUCUACCACAGUCAGCCUGUGGCCAGACUGUGAACUAUAAUGUCGAACUUGAAAAACCUAACUACAGAAUGUGUAACACUGUGUUUGGUAUUUAUGUAUUGUGAUUUCCAUGGUAUUUAUAAAUGUAUUUAUUGAGUAGUUUCUAUGCAAGAAAGAAAAGUAUUACAAUUUAUUUAAUUUCUACUGCAUUUUUCAUUCCUACUAUUAAUUUCUGAAGAAAUACAAUCUGAUUGUUCUGUAUUUGACUAUAUGUCUAAUUAGCUACUCCCUCAGUUAAUGGAAAAAAAUGCAUCUUACAUACACAGAAUUUG